GAGGCGUAUGCGCGCUCCCCACACACCAGGAAAUAUGGCGGCGCUCAUGACACUCAGCCAGCUUUCAAACGGGAGUCCAGCUUAUGAAAAUUAUUACAGACAGCUGGACCCAGGAAAUACAGGCAAAAUCUCAGCUGGAGAUGCUGCUCAGUUCUUAAAGAAGUCAGGGCUUUCAGACAGUACACUGGGAAAGAUUUGGGAUCUAGCAGACUCCGAACGAAAGGGCUAUUUGGAUAAGAGGGGUUUUUUCCUAGCUUUAAGACUUGUGGCCUCAGCACAAGGUGGAAAUGACAUCAGCCUCAACAACCUCAACCAGACUUUGGCGGCACCUACAUUUAAAGACACAAGUAGCCCUUUGCUAACAGUGUCAUCAUCUGCACCAGAUUCUCAGUGGGCUAUAAGGGGUGAUGAAAAGGGAAAGUUUGAAGGCAUCUUUGAGAGCCUGUCUCCUGUAAAUGGUUUGCUUCCUGGGGACAAAGUGAAGCCUGUUUUAAUCAACUCCAAACUACCUCUUGACAUACUGGGAAAGAUUUGGGAUCUAAGUGAUGUCGACAAAGAUGGGAGCUUGGACAAGGAAGAGUUUAUUGUGGCUAUGCAUCUGGUAUAUCGGGCAAUGGAGAAGGAGCCUGUCCCAACGACAUUACCACAGUCUCUCAUUCCACCCUCGAAAAGGAAGAAGACUGCGGGGGCAUUGCCAGGGGCAGUGGCUGUAUUACCUGGCUUUGCAGGGUUCUCACCAGGAUCAGCUCUUCUCAAAGACUCCUUGCGCUCUUCUCCUCUGGCCAACACUCCACCCCCCGCUGCUGUUAACAUCUCACCAAAGCACUCCUUCAGAUCCUCUCCGCAGCCAACUGUAAACUGGGUUGUCCCAUUGGCAGACAGGGAGAAGUACGAUGAUCUGUUCAGAAAAACAGACGCAGAUGGAGACGGGCUGGUCACUGGGGCUGAGGUCAUUGAGAUCUUCAUGCAGUCCACUCUGUCACAGACCAUGCUGGCUCAGAUUUGGGGUCUUGCUGACACAAAACAGACUGGAAAACUGAACCCUGAGCAGUUCUCCCUGGCCAUGCACCUGAUCCAACAGAAAAUCACUAAAGACGUGGACCCUCCAGCAGCCCUGACCCCUGAUAUGAUUCCUCCCUCUGAAAGGACUGGCGCUGCGAUAGGCUAUACUGGGCUUAUGUCAGCCAUGAGGCCUGAACUUGCUCCCCUUUCUAGUUUUCGCAGAGACAGCAGCAGCGCCGUGGGGCCGGUGGAGCUCACAGGGAACAAAGAGCUGGAUGACCUCAGCCAGGAAAUCGCUCGGCUGCAGAGAGAGAAGUUCAUUUUGGAGCAAGAGAUCAGGGAAAAGGAGGACAGCAUACGAAGACAGAAUAGUGAAGUUCAGGACAUGCAGGGUGACUAUGAUCGAGAGAGUGCAGGACUGCAGGACCUGGAGACUCAGAAGCAGAACGCCCACAGCCGACUGGAGGAGAUGGAGCAACAGCGCACGAAGCUGGAGGGAAUGCUCAAUGACGUCAAACAGAAGUGCCAAGAAGAGAGCCAGAUGAUCUCGUCCCUUCAGACCCAGAUCCGUUCUCAGGAGAGUGAUUUACGCAGCCAGGAGGAUGACAUGUCCCGAACCAGAGCAGAGCUGAGUCGACUGCAGGACGAGGAGGCGCGACUGGAACAGAGUCUUUUGUCGGGACGAGUGCAACUGGAUAGUAUUGUCAAGUCCAUGAAAACUACACAGGAUGAACUCAACCAGGCUCGCAGUAAACUGUCAAUGAUCCAGGAAAACCAAAAGGAGGUGUCUAAGACCAUAGAGCAGUACAACAGCGCACUGAAGGAGAUCAACGGAGGUCACUACAAAGACUUUGAGGAAGUCACUGAUGGAUUUGCUGAAAAGGAAAACAGAGGAUUUGGGAGUGUGAAUAGCUCUUUGAAAUCCAGGAUAGCCAUGUUCAACAACAGCAGCAGCAGCAGCCCCCCCAUCAAGGACCCUCCACCUGACCCUUUCCAGACAGAAGACCCCUUUAAGUCCAGCCUCUUAGACGACCCAUUUGGCGGAGAUCCCUUUAAAGAAAGUUCUCCCUUCAAAGGCGCCGCUUCUGAGGACUUCUUUAAGAGGGCAAAUAAGUCCGACCCCUUCACAUCUGCAGACCCCUUCAGUCGAAAGCCCACGCCACCAGCCAAGCCGGGUGCCUUCAGUAGCAGUGAUCCAUUCACAUCAAACAACCCAAGAGCAAAGGACUCAGAUGUAUUCGGGACAAUGGACCCCUUUGCAGGCAGCGCUUUUGGAAGUAAAGGAGGAUUUGCAGAUUUUAGUCAAAUGGCAAAGAAGUCAGAAAACUCAGCGGUCCCAAAGAAGAAUGUUCCUUCUCGCCCUGCGCCCCCUUACGGUUUGUUCAAUGCACAGCAGAGCGCCCCACACUCGAGUCUCAUGUCCAAAGAUUUCCCUGUGGCGGGGUCAGAUUUUUUUGGAAAUGAGAACGCCCAGUUGGAGUGGGCCAAGCGCGAGAGUGAACGCGAGGAGCAGGAGAGACUGAGGAGACUUAGACUUCAGGAACAACAAGACCUGGAACUAGCCUUGGCUUUGAGCAGAGCCGACAUUCCCAUGCACAAAUCCUGAAACACUUCUCCUGGCCCCCCGGAAAACCACCUCCAUCUCCUCUGCUCUGCUCCUCGCGACAGACACGACUCCGCAUAACUAUCAUCCCUGUUACCAAUUUGUGCAAAAGACCAGUGUUUUCUCCAGCCAUGCCACCAGACUGAUGUCAAACCUCUCUCCUUUACCUACUCGUUAGGCUUCAUUGCGGCCCAAAGUACAUGGUAACCGUAAUCAAAGACAAUACGGAGCCGCCUGAUUGAAAAGCUCCCUUCAAAAACACUAGGAUUUGAAUGCAACCCCACCUACAGCAAACUCCAUCUAACACUACACUGUAUCGCCAUAAUGGUUAAUCACGUCUUAAGUCACUAUAGUACUGUGCAAAAGUUUCAGGAAGGAAUGAAAGACUUGGUGAUAAGUAAAUGUAUGGACAAAAUGCACAAAAUUAAAAAGAAAAAUAAGGGAAAUUCAAAUCUAGAAGUUCCCAGAAAGGAUGGACCUCAGCAUUAUUUUUGCAAUUAUUGUGCCUAGAAAAGGACCUAAAUUAACUGGAAAAUAUUUUUAUGUUAAUUCUAAUUUAGAUUUUUAAUAAGUGUUGAAUGAAAUGAAAUAAUUGAAGUGAAGUUUAAGAAAUAUAUAGAAACAUUUGCUGUGAAGAUGUGAAGAUUAGUAGUUCAUAUAUCUUUCCUCUUAGUACAAAAACACUUAAAACACUCUUGUAGAUUAGAAUUUUUUACUUCUCUAGAAAAAUAUUAAGUUAGGUCUGCAAAUUACAUCACCAAAUUCUAUCAAAACCUCUUUCUUGAUCAUCUUUUAAAACCUUUGCGCAGUACUAUAUGUUUCUGGAGUAACUUUUUAAAUAUUUUACUUUUUUGUCUUUAUUUAAACAGAGUGCAUUAUACAAGUCCUUCAGAAACUACAGGAUACAUCUAUUUUAUAACAGUUGUGAUACUUUUAAUCAUUUGUGAAGUCAAGUCAAGCUGUAAACAUGACUAUGGAUAAGUUAGGAAAUAUAUUUUUUUAAACUUAAAUAUUACAUUUUACGAUGCUUGCCUUCAAGGUUGGAAAUUUGAAGCUUUUAUUUUCCUUUUAUGUAUUGUGUACUUUUCAGGCAUAACAUUGUAACUGCGCAGUGAGGAACAGAUCAUAAUCCAUCAAGACAUGUCCAAACUGUCAUAACGUGUGAUUAGUUACAUUGGAUUUUCAUGUGAAAGAUCCAAAUGUUGAAUCAUACCUUGUGUUUGCUAUAUCCCGCUAAAAAAACAAAAACAAAACAAUUUUCAUUUUACCUGUGCACAUCUCUAUAAAUCAACAGACCUAUAGACUUUGCAAUUAAACAGGUGGUUGUAACAUUGUGCCUGAUUGGUGUCUACAUAUUUUUGUGUACUUCAACCAUUGUGAACAAAAGAGCUUUGGACAUCCCUUUUAAAAUGUAUAGUUUGUUGUUUGUAGCUAGGAUUAAUAGUAUUUAUGAUCAUUCCUUUUAGUUAAGUCCUCAUAAAUGGUUUGUAUUGUAACACCCGUUGGCUCUUGCACUCCAAAACUUAAAAAUAGAUUUCUGUGAACCAAAGCUGUUUAUUUUGGGUGCUAUACAUAGAUAUUAAGACUUCUUGGUAUUUUAAUUGUUGCCAAUGUCAACUAAGGGAUUAAUCUUUUAUUUUUCAGUUUUCAUUUUAAUAACAAGUUAAAACCAACUCAGUAGUUUGAAGGGCUUGUAUGCAUUGUUACGGUUCAAUCAGGUUUAAUUUGCUCAUAACAUUUCCGCUGUUUUUAGGGCUGAUGCAAAUUUUAUUUUAUUUAUCAAUAUUUGUUACAUAAUAUUGGACAUGUAUGUAUGCAACUAUAACACGUCAAUGAAUAAAAUUACUGUAAAAUGAAGUGACUCAACCAAUGUAUUAGUUGUAACAAAAGAUAUUUUUAUGAAGGUUAAAAAUAGAUGACAUUACAAUGGUUUCCUAAGACAUAAUUUUUUAGUUAGUCACAAGGAUGUUAAGGGA